AUGAAUUGUACAGUUCGAUACUCAAACAACUCAAUAUUUGGUGUUAUUGAAUUUACACCUACUCGAGCUCUUGUAGCUGGUCGUGUCUCGAACUUGACUGAGUCCAACGAGGUGUCAAGAACCUUAUUUUAUGACCUGAGAGUUGGAGCUUCAGCUGGAGGUGAUUUUGGCAAGGUUGCAGUUGGAAAUGCGAACUAUAAAAGUCAAAACUCUACGAUCUACGGGCUUAUGCAAUGUAGUCCUGACUUCCCUCCUGUUGAAUCGCCGCCAUUAUUAUCUCCUCCUCCUGUGCCUGCAAAAUCAAUAUCUCCUCCUCCUGCGCCUGCAAAAUCAAUAUCUCCUCCUCUUGUGCCUUCAAAAGGAAAGGGGAGUAACUCAUCUAAAACUAUCAUCACCAUAGUUGUGGUGAUCAUUCUCGUUAAAAAGAAAAAGGAAAAAAAGAACUGCUUAUCUAAUCCUGAUGUAUUGACUGGUUCCACAUUUGAAGCAGUGGAUGAAAUUAGCAGUACUGAAUCCUUGCAUUUCCAUUUGCCAACAAUUAGAGUUGCUACAGAUAACUUUUCUGAUGCAAAUAAACUUGGUCAAGGCGGAUUUGGUGUUGUUUAUAAGGGUAGGCUCUCCAAUAGACAAGAAAUAGCUGUCAAAAGGCUAUCCCCGAGUUCUGGACACGGUGAUUUAGAAUUUAAGAAUGAGAUAUUGUUAGUUGCUAAGCUUCAACAUCGGAAUUUAGUUAAACUACGAGGUUUCUGCUUGGAAGGAUGUGAAAGGCUUUUGAUUUAUGAGUUUGUGCCAAAUGGAAGCCUCGAUCAAGUUAUAUUUGGUAUGGUUGCAAUUCUCCCAUAA